AUGCGCGUUCUACACAACCUCGACCCUGCAGUUCAUGCCACCAUUCAAGAGCGCGGAUACGCCCAUAAGACUCUUAGAUUGAGGAGUUCGGAUGGCUGGGAUCUGAGUGUUGAGUCGAGGAGCCAGCGAGAGGAUGACUCAACUAUGAUCAUGGCCAGGCAGAUUACGUGGGGGACAUUGAGGGAGGCAAUCCCUGAUGGCGACGUCGUCAUCAGAAAGGUUGUCCAGGUUACCAAAAGGGGUCAUUCAGGUAACUCCAAGCCUGUCAUCUCAUUCGCAGAUGGCGGAUCGGCCGAGUUUGAUCUGGUUGUUGGAGCCGACGGGGUGCACAGCAUUGUGCGAAAACAGUUCUUUGCCAACCAAGGUGUUGAUUAUUCCGCUGUAUUCUCACAUGGCUCGGCAGCGGAGGUUUCUACUUCGACAGAAAGCGCACCAUGGGCAGCUUGCUUACACGUGUUAUCUAGUCAGCGAUGUGGAAUCUGGGGCUUCAUGCCAACGCCUAUUCCGAAAGAAGUGACGGACAAGAAGUCGGUUGUCAUUGUCAUGGGCCAUUCAGCGUCUAUGGGCUACAGUGCUUACCGUCCCACCAAGGAUGAUUCACUGACAUGGUGGUCUCUGUACGAGACUAAACAACCGCCCUCCAAGAAGGAAGUACCCCGAGAGAUCGUAUCUAAAAUGCUUCAGAACAUGUACGGGGAUUGGAAAGAGGAGAAUGUUCAGAAAGUGUUGAAGAAAGCCUCGGCUCCAUUCAUCUACCCGAUUUGGACAGUCCCCGAACUCCCUACAUGGGGCGAUGGUGGAGUUGUGCUUGUGGGGGAUGCAGCUCAUGCUAUGACCCCCGACAUUGGCCAAGGAACUAGCCAGGCUUUUGAAGAUUCGGAAGCGCUCGGUUUGCUUCUCGGCCGUGCGCUGCAGCAGGAAGGCAUUUCUGAUGUGACUGCUAUUGACUUGGCUGUCAAGGGUCUUUAUGAGUGCCGACAGCCACGCCUUUCCAAGAUCAAGUAUCUCAACGCUGAAGCCCAAAAGCACAGUGGGAAACGGAACGUUUGGGUUCAAAAGAUCAUAUUCUUGUGCAUGUGGAUAAUGUCAAGCUUUCCCUGGUUACGUCGGGGCACAAAGUAG